UAAUGGCAACAUGAAAAGAAUUUGAUCUUAAUACGGGAAACGAAAAAAUUUAUACAUCAGGUGGCAACAUACGUUUGAGUAUUUUGUUUUCUUUGUUUUCACCAGACAUCGCAAUAGUUGCGCUGCUGCAGCUGAACUGAAUAUUUUCACUAGUUGUGAGGUAAUUAAUAUAAUUUAGAUAAGAAAUUGUAUUAAACAUUUCGUCUUUGAAUAUUAAACAAAUCAUUUAUUAAUUUGUUUCUGUAAUACUAUUGCAUAGGCGCUGAUGAAACAUACGGAUUACUUGCGCAGCGCCUCUAUAACAUUUGACGGAAUCAUAAAGUUAGCUGAAAUUAAACAACAAAUUGAGUUUUUUUUUAUCGAAAAACUAAAACGUUUAUCUGCAUAUAUUUGAGUACAUCUAUAUAUAUAGUUUUGUCUUGUCGCUAAGAUUAGCAUAGAAAACUUUGGAAGUUGCUAGUUUCAGGAAUGGGUAAUAAUAUUGUAUAUGAAAUUGACGAAGAUGACUUCGAUGAUGAGGAUGUGGACGAUAUGCUUGGUGAACAAUUGAGUUUGGCCGUUGGUACUGUAAUGAGUCAACUUGAGCGUCUGGAACGAUUGAAUCCCUUGGAGAGACCAACAGCGCGAAUGCCUGUGAUACGAAAGAAACCAGACUUGCGAACCUUUCGCCACACCAUGUUGUACAAAGAAAUAAAAGCGUUGUGUGGUUUACCAGCAAACAGCAAUCGUCCCAGUGAUCGUUGGUCGUUGACUCGGGGUUUGUUUAAACGGGAGAAUGGAAUAGCUGCACAUCCAGCCGGAUCAUUUACACCAAAUCAGCAACGUCGCAUUGCAAAUCUAUUUGUGCCUAAUAACAAGGACCAGCGUUUAAUGUCAUUGGAAGCCAAGGUUUUUAUUUGCAAAUUUAAUAAAGAUGGAAGUAAAUUGAUUACUGCUUGCCAAGAUUCAGUGAUUCGCGUUUUUGAUUCUUCAAAGGGAACAUACCACCGCAUAAACCGUAUCGUAACGGAUAUAUGUAACUGGAGUAUCUUGGAUGUAGACUUUAGUCCCUGCGGGCAAUACUUAGCAUAUUCAACAUGGUCGGAUGCUUUUUUUGUUUUACCCGUAAAUAGUGACGGGAAAGAUGUGCAGUCUUUCAAUUUACAUGCCGAAGAAUCACGCGCCGGUAUAUUCUCAUUGCGAUUUUCACCUUGCGGACAACAUAUAAUCGGCGGGAGUAAUAAUUCAUUAAUUUAUGUGGUCGAUCGUGAGACACAUGCUGUACGAAUGAUAAAUACACAACGAACUCACAAAGACGAUAUAAAUGCUGUUAGUUUUAUAAGCGAUCAAGAUUCAAAUAUAUUCGUUUCUGGCUGCAAUGAUGGCGUGUUGAAGUUAUGGGAUUUACGGUGUGCUGGUAGCACUGUCCGUGGGAGGAGCGGUUCAGGUAGUAGUUAUAACAAUAAUAGAAAUAACUUCACCAGCGUCAAGCAUAUGCCAGUGGGUGUAUUCAAAGGUCACUUGGAUGGCAUUACUUACAUCGACCCACGCAACGAUGGGCAUUAUUUAUUAACUAACUCCAAAGAUCAAAGCAUUAAAAUAUGGGACAUGAGAAUGACAUCUCCCAAUAACAAAUUAAAUAAAGUAAUACUGCCACUUAUUCCAUGGGAUUAUCGAUGGGAUACAGUACCACGUGAAUAUUACAAUCCAAAAGCAACGUUGGAGGGAGAUGUAAGCGUGAUGACCUAUCGUGGUCAUCGUGUUACCAAGAGUUUAUUACGAGCCAAAUUCUCCCCAGCUCUACAAACUGGGCAGCGCUACAUAUACACUGGCUGUGGUACAGGCAGAAUUAUCAUCUACGAUGUGUUGACAGGGCAAAUAAAAGAGGCUAUUGAGGGCCAUAAAGACAUUGUGCGCGAUUUGUCAUGGCAUCCUGUUCGAUCAGAGAUUGUAUCAGGAUCGUGGGAUUCCCAUGUCAAUCUAAACACCUUCAAACAUAAUCCUUUAUUGAAACGACCAAGUUCUGGUCCAGGCUAUCAAGGCUCAUUAAGACGCUCGCUCCGUAUAGCGCAUCAAAACGGUGACUUAGACGAUGAGGCUGAUGAAGAUGAGCCCGAGCAGUCAUGGUAGCAGUCUGCGCCACAUACAUAUAACUAGAUUUUUGCCUGAAGAAACUUAAAUAAUGGAAAGGUGUAAGAAAAUCAGCAUCAGCAUAUGUAUUGCAGCUAUAUCUAAACAUACACAUAAAUACUUUUGACUUAAAAUCAGUACAUAAAUACACAUCCACGCGCAUACAUAUAUAUUUCGGUUAGUUUGUACUCUUAUUUUUAAGUGUUGUAUAACUUAAAACCAUUUUACGUAGCAACAUGUAAAUAUGUAAUGUUAUGCCAAUAGGUGAUCUAAUUACUUUAAAUUAGUGUUCUGCAGCAGUCAAAAUUUUACUUCUAAUUUUCACUUAGCUGUGAAAAUACAAUAGUACUUUGACUGCCGCUCUAAUUAGGUCAACAACGUUUUGUAACUCAACCUAAUUGAACAAGUUUAAAUUGAAUAAAAAUGGAUUUACUCAGGCCUAUAA